CUAACCAUAAACGUAACUAUCGCGGCCUCCUGUAAUCCCGACCAUCUAUCCCCUCCUUCCCUUACUCGAGCUCGUCGGAGAUGUCGGAGGAAGACGAGGCGGAGGCGCAGCCGGUGCAGACCACGUGCGCGGGGUGCAGGACGCUCCGCCGCCGGUGCGUGCCGGGCUGCGUGUUCGCGCCCUACUUCCCGGCCGAGGGCGACGACACGUCCCGGUUCGCGGCCGUGCACCGUGUCUUCGGCGCCAGCAACGUCGCCCGGAUGCUGGAGGACGUGUCCCUCCCCUCGGACCGGCACCGCGCGGCGGAGACGCUCGUCGAGGAGGCCCGGGCGCGCGUGCGGGACCCGGCGCUCGGCUGCGUCUCCUACGUCGCCGUCCUCCAGAUGCUCAACGAGAAGGCGCGGGAGCAGGUCGACGCCGUGCGGGAGGAGAUCGCCGGGGAGCUCGGCGCCGGGGCCGCGGCCGAGCCGGUCGACGUCGCGGCAGCGGAGCCGGCGGCGAGGGUGGAGGCGAGCGCGCAGGCCGAGCGCGCGCUGGCGCACGCCAGGGAGCGGGACGCCGAGUUGCUGGCCGUGCGGAACGCCGCGGACCUCGAGUGGUGGCGGCAGCAGCGCCAAGCGGAGAAGCACGCCGCCGGGGGCCGGAACACGAACGAGCAGGUGGCGGAGACGGAGAACACGGCUGCCGCCGCCGCCGCCAAAGGGGAGUCGUCGAGCGAGCAGACAAUGGUGAUGACGCAGGCCGAGGCCGGGACGGAGCUGGACUCCACGGAAGGGAACGGGUACCCGCGCCAGCAGAUGGCGGAGACAGAGGAGCCGGCGCCCGCUGCUGUGGCUGCGAGUGAACGGGCGAUGUUGACGCCACCGGCCGCGGCCGUGGAUCAGCGCCACCACCUCGCCGCGCCGCACGCCGGGACGGAGCCGAGCAUCCCGGGAAUCGGGCACCUGCAGCAGAAGGUAUUGGAGGACAAGCAGUCGUCGACGGCCGCGGCAGAGGCAGCGAGGGAGGAGGCAAUGGCAUCGGGGCAGGCCCCGGCCGCCGCGCCGCAGCACCACGAGUCUGCAGCGACGCAGCUCGCCGGAGCGGGGACCGGCUUCCUGGACGGGGAGCAGUGGGCUGCCGCGGAGGCGCUCGCCAAGGAGCUGGACACCAUGAGACGGCGAUACGCCGCGGCGCAGCAGCACCACCACCCUGCGGCGGCGCACUAUGCGUCGAUGGGUCUCCACGUCACGCCGCGGCUCCAGAAGCCGCCCCAUCAGCAGGCAGCCCCCGCGGCGGAGGUGGCGAGCGGCCAGGACUCGAUGGCGACGCUGGCGCAGCAGAUCGCCGAGGCGGAGGCGGAGGCGGCUGCGGAGCAGGACAUGAUGAUGCAGCUGCUCGCCGCGGGCGCGCCUCAGUACGGCAACCUCGCCGCGCAGUACGACGUCGACGCGGAGCUUGACGUCACGCUGGUGCACGGCCACCAGGACAUGCGCCAGCAGAUGACGGAGCUCGGCACACUUGGGCACGAGCCACCCCAGGAGAUCGUGCAGCAGCUAGCCGCCGCGGCGAAGGUCGCCAUGGAGCAGCGUAUCAUGCCGCAGAUCGCCACCGCAGAGCUCGCGGGAGAGCAGGAAACGAUCAUGCAGCAGUUUGCCGCCGCGGCGGAGCUCGCCAGAGAGAAGGAAUUGAUCGUGCAGCAGGCCAGGCAGCAGGAGAUGGCGAUGUUGCUGCAGGCCUCCGCGGCGCCCAUGGCGCAGUACUCCGAGACAGAGCUCGGCGUCUCGCUGGGGCACCAGCCGUUGGUGCAACAGCUGUUGCAGGAGCAGCAGCUGGCCGACGCGGUGGGAGUCGUCGGGGAGCCGAACACGACGACGGUGGUGCAGCAUGUCGCGGCCUACGCGGACGCUGAGCACGGGAGGGACUCCGGCGCGACGGCGGCGUUCCGGCCGCCGGGGCUGAGCGAGGCCGCGCCAUUCCUCGUCGAACAGUCGCUACAGGGGCAGACGGCGAGGGUGCUUGGGCUCCAAAUGGGUUCAUCUCUGCCGCCGUUGGGCCAGCCGCAUGCUCAAGCGUCGCAGCAGCAGGGUACGGAUGGUGGCGACGACGGCCAGUCUUCAGAUUUGACGGCGUACUUGUACUAUUGAUCUUUUCUCCAGGUACUAGUGUCUUCUGAUUUUUACAAUUCUUGAUUUCGGCCCUGUGUGUUAAUUCCUUGCAGCAUUCUUUGCUCUCAACCUUUUGGAUGAAAUUCCUAACUGUGCACUUUCCGUUUUUUACUCAAUAAAAUUUUGCGAGUGGAAGUGCAACUUGUUUGAGAGUGCCAAUUCUUGUGCUAUACUUAUUUCUUAUUAACUCCUAUAGUCAGAUUCUGUUAUUCGAAAUGCAAAAGAUUUUGGAUGCCACCGAAUUGGGUGAAUUUCAGAAAUUUCAAAUAAUUCAGACUGAGAUUCAGUUGUUUGACUGGUCAACAAAUUCAUUGUGAAAUAGAUUUUUGCUAGAAUUUGAUGGAAAUUUAGGAAUGGAGUACUCCUAAAGAAGAUGUGGGGGAGAACUAGAGAGAUAUGGUGAGGAGCUAAGGAGGAUGACGGCCAAAGCAUGAUGUUUUUGAGUUUGUUAGCUUUUUACAAAGUAAGAUAGGCACAAAGGAGGCAUAUUUACUGUUGUGGAAGCAUUGAAUCAAGCAUCCAGCCGCCAAGGCCU